GGUUCACCCUGAGCAUUGUGAUUAUAUAAAGCCCGCCGUGUGGUUCUAAAUGGGUAACCAAGGUUAAGAAUCUCUGCUUUAGGGCCAGGCGUGUCCCGGCCCUGACUCUGCCUGGACUUCAGGACGGUGACCUUUGCCAAGGCACUUGAUCUCCCCAGGCAUCAGUUUCCUCAUCUGUGGAAUGCGAAUGGUGAUAAGUGUUUGGGGGGCUGUGGUAAACCCGCAGCCAGAGUGCCCGUAAACUGUGUUCACAGCGCCAGCAACCCGGUAGGUCUUUAUAGAUUCGGGAUACAAGUCUUUCAUCAGCUAUAUGAGUCAUAAAUGUUUUCUCCAAGUCUGUGGCUUGUCUUUUCGUUUUCUUAAUCUCAAAAAAUUUUUAAAUUCUAGUCAAGUCUAAGUUAUCAGUGUUUUUCUCUUUUAAGGACCAUGCUUUUGACGCUAUGUUUAAGAAAUCUUUCCCUAAUCGGAGCCAUGAGGUUUCCCUCCAUAUUCUUCCCCGGAAUUUUAUAAUUUUAGCUCUUUAUGUUCAUGCCAUUUUAAGUUAGUUUUGUGCACAAUGUGAGGUGGGGGGACUAUGGUCAUUCUGUUGCCUGUGAAUUUCCAGCUGUCCCAAACCAUCCUUUCUCCCCUGAGCUGCCUUGGUACUUUUUAUCGAAAAUUAGUUGGCUAUAAAUAUAAAGGUUUAUUUCUGAACUCUCAAUUCCAUUCUAUUGAUAUAUUCCUCUGUCCUUAUGCCAGUUCCACACUAUCUUAAUUAUUCAUAGUUUUAAUAAAUGUUUGCUGAGCGAGUAAGCAAAAUAAUGAAACUAUAAUCAGGACAAAUAUACAGCAGGGAGGUGGCACUCAUAAAACCUGUGAAUUCCUAGAGAAGUGUAUGUAAUUAGGCUUUUUUUUAAAAAUAGAAUUAUUUUGGGUGCCCCAGAGGGUAGUCUCAGGCAUAAAUUAUAGUACCAAAUUGCUUGGUGAAGUGAAUUAUUACUGUAGCAUUUCUGUUGCCCUUCUUUAUCUGUUUCCUAAGUUUGGACGUUUGUCUUUGGAUUUUACUUAAAGCAGGGGACACGUCCCCCAAGCAUUUUCCUACCAGGCCCCCUUUUCAUUCAAAGACAGCAACGCCUACUUACAGGCAAGAACCGAAACUCUCAGAUGUUGAAAAGUCUUCAGGUGUAAAUCCUAUCACAGCAAGGCUCUUGCAGCUGUCUUCACCACACCACUUGUAGCCCCUCAUCCAACAGCUUUUGUUCCUAGGGCUCCAGGCAGGCCCAGGAGCCUACAGGCCCACAACCCGGGCCCUGGGGAACUUGCUACCAAAGGCACACUUUCUGAGAGUUACAAGUGGCCAGCCCAUGGCCAGCUCUGCUGAACUCCAUAGCUGACAGACCCCAUCAGGUGACCAGCCAUUUAAGCCACUGAGAAGCAUUCAGACCCCACAGGGUCUAUUGAAGUGACUAGGGUCAGAGGGGUCAAGGUCUCUUUGAGGGUAAGUUGAAGAGCAACCUGUGGGACCUUCCCACUGCAUUUCUAAGACUCUCAGUUAGCACAAGUGAGAAACCACUUUCUUGCUCUGCAUUUGAACCCUCGCUCCGCUGCUGCCGGAGCACUUGUAUGUCACCUUCUCAGCAUCCUGAGUGUGUCAGGUGUCAGAAUGAUUGAGUGGCCCAGCCAAGGUCAGGCAGUUGGUAAGUGGCAGGACCAGAACCCAGCCUGCUUUUCAAUUCCCCACUGUGCCUUUCAUGACCAGUAGCACACAUCAGAGGGUUUCUCAAAGGCCGAACUAUUCCGCCCAUUGAAGAAGUGGUCCGGCCUUCUCUCUUUCUCGGUGGAUUCCCAGCCCUGUCCUGGGAUGCAGAGGGAAGAGUCUCAAGUGGGACCCCCAGACAGUGAUGGGGGGUAACCUAGAACUCUGGGAAUGGGUGCCUUUGGAUAAUCAGAUGGCUGGCUGGGAUACUUUUCAGAAAGGCCUGGGGCUCUCAAAUCUGGGGUAUGAUGAAGUCCAGUGCAUGGCAAGGAACUUAGCCCAACAUAAUUGCCAUUAGUACUUCCUCCUGCCUCAUGAUAAACAUAUUAGCUCGGUAAAAACUGUGUCGUUUGGUAAGAGCUUUAGAGUCAGGCAGACCAGCCGUACCACUUAUUAGCUAUGCUACGGGGCAAGGCACUCAGGGCAUCUCUGAGCAUCCGAUUUCUCCAAAGUAACACGCAGACUUUACUGUCCACCUCAAAGGGCAAUUGCAAGAACUGAACAAGAUAAUGCUUAGCACGUCGUCAUUACUCAAUAAAUGAUUGUUUUUAAUGCACACUCAGCUUCUGAACAAAUCCCCUAGGACCCCCUCCCCCCGACCAGACUGGGAACCUGGAGCCACCCCCGGGGAGGCCCAUGGGGACCUGGAAGCAGCCAGGUGGGGCCCCUCACCGCACCCCAGCCUCCCGAUUCUGCCCACGCAGCAGCCGGUACCAUGGAGAUCGUGUACAUGUACGUCAAGAUGCGGAGCGAGUUCGGGAAGCAAUGCACCUUCACCGACCGCCAAGCGGAACUGAAUAUCGACAUCCCACCCAACCCCCAGCUGGCAGAGCUGUUUGUGGAGCGAAACCCCGUGGACAAGGGCAUUCAGUGCUCCAUCAGCAUGUCAGAACACGAGGCCAACACAGAGUGGUUUGAGAUGGAGACCAGAGGGGUCAACCACAUCGAGGGGGGCUGGCCCAAGGAUGUAAACCCCCUGGAGCUGGAGCAGACCAUCCGCUUCCGGAAGAAAGUGGAGAAGGAUGAGAACUACAUCAACGUCAUCACGCAGCUGGGCUCGAUCAUGGAGCAUUGCAUCAAACAGAAUAAUGCCAUCGACAUAUACCAGGAGUACUUUGAUGACGAGGAAGCGGUGGAAGUGACAGAAGAGGCCCCUUCAGCUAAAACCAUCAAUGUUUUCAGGCGAAUGAAGGCUGUGCCCCCAUUCACCUGCCCCUCAUCUUCCUCCCCACCAGCCUGCUGGGACACCCGGAAGGGCAGCCUGGUGGCAGAGCUGUCCACCAUUGAGUUCAGCCACCGAGACCCCGUGUACGGCACCAUCUGGCUGCAGUCAAAGACGGGCACUGAGUGCUUCUCAGCGUCCACGGAUGGGCAGGUCAUGUGGUGGGAUAUUCGAAAGUUGAGUGAGCCCACCGAGGUGGUGAUCAUGGAUAUCACCAGAAAGGAGCAGUUGGAAAAUGCCUUGGGGGCCAUCUCCCUGGAGUUCGAGCCUACUUUGCCAACCAAGUUCAUGGUGGGCACCGAGCAAGGCGUCGUCAUCUCCUGCAACCGCAAGGCCAAGACGUCGGCCGAGAAGAUUGUGUGCACCUUCCCUGGCCACCACGGCCCCAUCUACGCCCUCCAGAGAAACCCAUUCUACCCGAAAAACUUCCUGACCGUCGGCGACUGGACUGCCCGCAUCUGGUCAGAGGAAAGCCGGGAGUCGUCCAUCAUGUGGACCAAGUACCACAUGGCUUACCUCACUGACGGCGCCUGGAGCCCAGUGAGGCCGGCAGUUUUCUUCACCACCAAGAUGGACGGGACCCUGGAUAUCUGGGACUUUGUGUUCAAGCAGAGUGACCCCGCCCUCAGCCUAAAGGUGUGUGACGAGGCCCUCUUCUGCCUCCGGGUGCAAGACAAUGGGUGUUUAAUCGCCUGUGGCUCCCAGCUGGGGACCACCACACUGUUGGAGGUAUCGAAUGGGCUGUGCACCCCCCAGAGGAAUGAGAAGAACGCAGCCUCUUCCAUAUUUGAGCGUGAGACCCGGCGGGAGAAGAUCCUGGAGGCAAGGCACCGAGAGAUGCGGCUGAAGGAGAAAAGCAAAACGGAGGGCAAGGACGACGAGCUGAGAGAGGAGGCGUCCUCCGUGAACCUGGAGGAGCUGGUCAGCAAGGCCGAGGAGGAGUUCUUCAACAUCAUCUUCACGGAGCUGAAGAAGAAGGAAGUGGCAGCCAUGAAGUCCAAGCCUAAACGACCAAAGACAGAAGCGGAUGAGGAGAUGGAGGGAGAGGACGAGGUGGAAGAGGAGGCCUCGGAAGAGACUCCAACCUAGAAGGUCCCACACAGCCUUUCAGCCUGGCCCUGCGUGUUCCUUCGAUUCAGCUUCUCAAAGGAUUUCCUGCCUUCAUUUUCCUUCACAAGCUUGCGGAGCCCCACGGGGCUCGCCACAGCCAAGGUGGGGCCUCGGGCAGAGCCGGGGGUGAGGGCUGUCCUUCUCCCUUCCUGUCCCUCCCCGUCCACAUACAACCCUGGGAACAGAAAGUCUGUCCUCUCUAAGCAACUCCCCAGCCAUUUUACCUCCAAGAGCGUCAGAGUAAAUCAGUGAAUUGAGCUUGGUUAUUCUCAUGCUCUGCAAGCUUUCUGUUGUGUUAAUUCUUGUAAAAUUAAAUUAAUAACAAAGCUAA